AUGCCAGCUGAAGGAGUGUGGAUAUCGCCAUCGGGCGUCAAGACAGUCAUUCCCCUCGAGAACAACCCCGAGGUCUUCACGUCGCUGCUGCACGAUCUGGGCCUGUCCUCGCAGCUGGGCUUCUAUGACGUCUACAGCAUCGAUGAUGCCGACUUACUCGCCAUGAUUCCGCGGCCGGCGCAUGCUCUCAUCUUUAUCACGCCGGCCCAGAUGUACUACGCUUCACGCAAAGAAGACGGCAUUGCUAGCGAUAUGGCCAUGGAGGACCUGACUUACAACAAGGCCGGCGACGAGGAUACCAUCAUGUGGUUUCGCCAAACAAUCGGAAACGCCUGUGGACUCUAUGCACUGAUCCAUUCGGUCGCGAACGGCCCAGGGAAACAAUACUUGCAGAAGGGGUCGCUCCUGGACCGGUUGUUUGCCGAGGCGAAGCCACUGCAGCCUGAGCCCCGUGCCAGGGUCCUCUACGACAGCGAGGAGCUGGAGCAGGCUCACAUGCGGGCAGCACGAAAAGGAGACUCUGUACCGCCGCCUGCAGAAGAUCAUCCCGCCCUCCAUUUCAUCGCCUAUAUCAAAGGCCAAGAUGGCCAUCUAUGGGAGCUCGAGGGCGCUACUGACGGGCCAGUGGACCGGGGUCUGCUUCCACCAGACGACGAUGUAUUGAGCCCCAAAGCCCUCGAGCUAGGCAUCCGCAAGUUUCUAAACCAUUCGGAGGGUAACCCCAAUUUUAGCAUUGUGGCGUUGUCUACCAAGGAUUGA